UAUUACAAAAAUUUCAAAAAUACUUAUAAAAUUCAAAAAUAAAUUUAUUUUCCUUUUAAAUUGUUACUUUAAACAGCCAAAUGCUUGCUAGAAUGGUUAAUUCGUUGCCAAAUGGCUUAUCACAACAAAUAACGAAGCUUUAUUUUCAAGCUUAUUCCACUUCGAACACAGAAGCUGUCGGGAUGUACCCAAAAAAGGCAAAAGGAAUAAAAUGCAGAACUUUUGUCAAUACACCUGUGGUUCUUCGUAACCAGAGAAGAGCUCACAGUACUCCAGAACAUCAUCAAUUUGGAAGAAUGGAUGUUAAGAUAUUGCCAGCCCUCAAGGAUAACUACAUGUACCUUCUUAUUGACAAAAGGACUAAUCAGGCAGCUAUAAUUGACCCCGUAGAACCAGAGACGGUUCUGCGGGCAGUUUGUGAGCAUGGUGUUAACCUUACUACAGUUUUGACUACUCAUCAUCAUUGGGACCAUGCUGGAGGAAAUCAGGAGUUGGUUAAAAAGAUUCCCAACAUUGAGGUAUAUGGAGGUGAUGACCGCAUUGGUGCCUUGACAAAAAAAGUUGAGCAUAAUACUAUUUUUAACAUUGGGAACAUGGUGGUUCAGUGCCUUUUCACACCUUGCCACACCGCUGGCCAUAUCUGCUACUUUGUGACUACUCCUGAUGAGGCAAAUGAUUCUAUUGUAUUUACAGGAGACACCUUAUUCCUGGCUGGAUGUGGUCGGUUCUUUGAAGGCACAGCUGAACAGAUGUAUGGUGCUAUGUCAAUCCUUGGCAGCCUACCUGACAAUACAAAGGUGUACUGCGGCCAUGAAUAUACUGUACAAAAUCUUAAAUUUGCUGCUCAUGUUGAACCAAAGAAUGAGCACAUCAAGAAUAAACUUGAAUGGGCUAUACAGAGACGUGAAGACGGCAAACCUACGGUGCCUUCAACGAUUUCGGAGGAAAAACAGAUUAAUCCAUUCAUGAGGGUAGUUGAGCCAGCUGUGAUGAUCCAUGCUGGCGCGAAAGAUGCUAUUGACACUAUGAGAUCCAUUCGUCUGGAGAAAGACACCUUCCAGUAACUAAAAUUACUUAUUCCAAUACUUUUAGCUAAGGCUCCUGGGGUAUUCAUUAUAUUAUGGCAAAGUUGUUAAAUUUUUGUUUUCGUAUUAUUUAAUUGGCAAUAAUAAAUUUUUGUACAUAGCAGCAAGUUUUUUUUUUCAGUUCAAGUGCAAUAUCUUCAAAUCUUGUAAGUGGAAUUAUUGGAUGGUUAAAGAAUUUUACUAGAUGAAAAGCUUCUUACCUAAUUAUAAUUCUCUUCAGAUAAAGACUUAACAUCCAUACAAAUAAUAUUUAUGAAAUAAAAACAUGUUUAUCUUAAAAAUACUGUUUAAUAGUUAACCUAAUCUUAAAGCUGAGAUGAUCACAAGGAAAUUAAGUGCUAUUACUGCCUGGUGUUGGUAAUUGUCAUUGUUCCUUUUUUAUGUAAGCUGACAUUUGUUCAGCAUAUUUUUCCUUUGAUCGCUCAAACAUGGCCACAUACACCUGAAAAGUUAUAUUAAGUUUUUAUAAAUUAAUAUUAUCUUAUAGCAUUGAUAUAUACAUUUUCUUGCAUAUUUAUUAUAAUUUUUUAAUAACCUACAUUUUGGGUGUAACUUUAAAAUAAAUGUUUUUGAUGUAAA